UGUUCUUCUCUCUGUUUUUUUCUCUCAAGCCAUUAACAAUGGCUAUAAUCAAGUCAAAGUUUUUAUUUUUCUUGUGUCUCUUGGCCUUUGCUCUGUUUGGAGCAUCCAAUGCUGCAGAUACUAAGAAAACAGUGGGUGUAUUUGAACUCAAGAAGGGCAACUUCACAGUCAAAGUCACAAACUUUGGUGCAACUAUCAUGUCUGUUAUUCUUCCUGAUUCUCAAGGGAAUUUGGCAGAUAUUGUUCUUGGAUAUGAUACUCCAGAGGAAUAUGCUAACGGAACUUUCUUCUUUGGUGCAUUGGUUGGGAGAGUUGCAAAUAGGAUUGCAAACGCACAGUUCACUCUUGAUAAUAAAACAUAUCAUCUCCCUGCUAAUGAUGGACAAAACUCUCUUCAUGGUGGAAUUAAAGGAUUCAGUCAUCUUGUUUGGACUGUCAAGGAGUCGGUUGGUGGUGAACACCCAUACAUCACCUUCUAUCGCCGCAGCGUCGACGGAGAACAAGGUUAUCCAGGAGAUUUAGAUGUCUUUGUGACAUACAAACUAUCAGGAGACUAUGAGUUUACAGUGGACAUGACUGCAAAACCAGUGAACAAAGCCACUCCGGUGAACUUGGCACAACACACAUAUUGGAACCUCGCCGGAGAAGGCAGCGGGACGAUCCUCUCCAACACUGUGCAGAUUUCAGCCUCACACAUUACUCCGGUCGACAGCCAGCUCAUCCCUACUGGUGAACUCUUGCCAGUAAAGGGCACAUCAUUCGACUUUGAGGAACCAAUGAAUGUUGGCAGCCGUAUCGGUCAGGUAGGCGGCGGCUAUGACAUAAAUUAUGCACUUAAUUCACCGGUUCAGUGCAAUGGGUUGAGGAAGGUGGCUGUGGUCACGGACUGCAAGACCGGGCGGACGAUGGAGCUGAGCAGUAAUCAGGUGGGAGUCCAGUUCUACACUUCCAAUUUCUUGACGAAUUGGAAAGGAAAGAAUGGACAUCAAUAUCCAAAGUAUUCAGGUAUUGCUCUCGAGACUCAGGGCUUCCCUAAUUCUGUGAACCAAUUGAGCUUUCCUUCCCAGAUUGUGACUCCUGGGGAGAUUUACAAGCACAUCAUGGUGUACAGUUUCUCUUUCUAAUUUCACCUGCAUUUGCAGAAGUA